AUGACGGUGCUCUGCAACAACGGAGAGCAACACAUUCUUUCACUUCUUUCACGUGAGUCCAUAGAAACAGCGUACGGGUUUCGACGGAAUGACAACAGCACCAAACGACCAACGCCUUUCUAUGCCGUCAGGGAAAGAAGAAACCCGGGGAGCAAACGCAUUACAUAUUCUGAUCAUAAAAUUACAACUCUAAUGAAGUUUAGAGAAAUUGGUAUGAACACAUCAGAGAGAAAAACAUUGAUAAGCAACAUUUUUAAUCGCGAGUAA